AUGGGUAUUUCAGAUACAUUGAACCGCCGUGUGCAGGCGAGACCUGCCGAUGAUGAGGCUUUUGAUUCAGAAGGCUCCGACGUUAGUGAAAGGGGUAUCCAACGUGAGGGCGCGGAAGAUGAUGAUUCCGACGAUCAAUCACAAGAUAACGAAGAUGCCUCUGGCUCUGACGCCGAGGGUUCCCAAGAGGAUGAUCUCGACGACGAAGAACUUUCCGAUGACCAAGAAGACGCCGAUAAAGAUGAUUUCCAAUCUUCUCUAAGCGGUAUCUCAUUCGGCGCUUUAGCCAAAGCGCAAGCCUCUAUGGGUUCCAAAAAGCGGAAGGACAAAUCUAAAGAGACCAACGAAACUACCUCGACUGCCUCCCCGCUUGAUGACAUCCGAGCCCGUAUCAGAGAGGCCCGCGAACAGAAAAGAGAAGCUGCUAGUAAAGGUCUAGGAGCGAAAGAGAAGCGAGAAAAGCAAGAACUCAAGGAUAAGCGCGCAUCCAAACAUGCGCCCAUGGUUCAAUCUUCUAAGCGCGCCGUCACUAGAAAACGUAUCGUUGUGGAACCUGAGGCUACUGCGAAGGCCCGUGACCCACGAUUUGACGCUGCUGUCAUGGGUCAUAGUGGUGUGGGGCGGUUCUCAGAGGGAACGAGCAAGGCCUAUGCUUUCUUGGACGAAUACCGAGUCUCCGAGUUGAAGGAUCUUAAGGCGCAGUUUGCCAGGACGAAAAACAUGCAGCAGAAGGAGGAGUUGAAGAAGCAGAUUCGAUCUGCUACUGAUAAGUUGAAGGCUAUGGAAAGCAAGAAACGCGAACGAGAUGUUGCUGCUGAACAUAAGAAGCGAGAGAAGCAGUUGAUUCGCGAGGGCAAGAAGAGUAAUCCUUACUUCCUCAAGAAUUCGGAUCUGAAGAAGCAGGUCCUGGAGAAGAAGUACGAAGGGAUGAAAUCCAAGGAUCGGGCCAAGGCGCUGGAGCGUCGGCGCAAGAAGAUGGCUUCAAAGGAGCGAAAGGAUAUGCCUAUGGAACGCCGUGGGAUGGGCGACGACGAGCCUCCAAGUUAUCCGAGUUAUGGCGGCAACAUGAAGCGUCGGCGACUUGCUUAG